UUAACUCGCGCAGCAGAAGCAGCUCCGGGCGUCCGAGUAAAACGCUCGACGCCUCCGCCUCAGUCUCGUUCCUUCCUCGCCUCGGCGUCUUAUCGCUUUUAAACGGCGAGUAUCCGACACGCGACGAGAGCCGGCGUGGAGAUCGAUUUACGUUUCGGAGUAAAAUCGCCCCUCGUGUUUGCUUCAGAAACGGUGAAGCUGCCGUUGAGCGGCAUCGGCGCCUGCGUCGAGUGAAACUUUCUGUUCGGUUUCAAACACACCGAACUAACCACCAACCGUCCUCUUCUGUGCAGUAACGGACUCUGCAGUUCAACGCGUCGCGUUGUUUGCGUGAAGAGGUGAAUGAGUUACCCGGUUUCUUGGUACUGCGUACAGUUUUUACCCUGCAGGAAUUACGUACCGAUGUGCAGAAAAUUGAACAAAAAUAUACACGCAUGCGAGAAACGUGUAAACAAGUGCGAUCGAGACUUUCGUUAUCAAUGAACGUUAUCUAUCGGUUCUUAGUUUGCUUUUAAUUUUUUGUUUAUCUUGUCUUCUUCUUUCUUCUUCUCUCGCUGUUUUUGUACUCCGAGAUGAACGACGCCAAGGAGAGUGCGAUACUUGACGAGCUGAAAAGCGAGCGCCGAGUGUCCCGAAGAUAAUCUUUCGGAGGUUUUUCCCCCUUAUCGUUGACUCCGUCAUUCUUUCCAUUACUCUGCCUCUCUUUAUCUUUUACUUAUCGCUAAUCAACUUGGCGAAGACUUGGAGUAGACUUCUCGACGGUCGUGACAAACUCAAAUAAUCCGUCCGUAAUUGCCGUUCAGUGUUACAGACUAGUAAAUACUUGCUCUGAAUGCGGGGAGCUGGAAGAAAACUGGAAGAGCAUUACAUUUCGAAACGCUUUUGAAACCGUACCGUUGCAGAUCGGUGCCCCUGCAGGACGGGAGGAACUAUAAUACAAUAUACCUCUGCAAAGAACGUAAAAUUUUUUUAAAAUUUAUCAGCGGUUGUGUAAAAUAUAAUUCUGCGUCGCAAAAAGUUUCAACAAAUAUUUGUCGAGUCGUAAAGAAGUGUAACGAACCUAUAAUAUCCGCAGCUAUAAUACAUUUGUAUAAUAAUAUCUUGUAUCACGCAUCGCAAGGAAGACUGUCACAAGCCGCAGUCUCGGAAGAAGCAGCAGCGCCUCCGUUUUUGAAUUCGCAUCACGUCCGACCCGCCUUGGCCUGGACCAUUCUUACUCACGACAGUUUCCUCGACUUUUCCGUGUCUUUCAAAGUUCCGAAGACAGCCGACGAUCCGUCAUUCACGGUAUCUCGCAACGGCGGCAGCAGCAACGUCGACUUUUAUCAAUGUCUCUGCCGAGAAUCCAUGCGGAUAGCAAAAUGUCAAGUGGUAAAGCGAUAGCGGGAUGACGCGUAGCGUUUUGCGCACAUUUAUCGCCGCCGUUUCGCAAGACCGAGGAAACUCCGCUCGUCUUGCAGUUGACGGAGGAAAAACUAACAGUUGUUUCGUUAGUGCUUACGCGAUCGACGCUGCCGCAACACCGUCGCGGGAUUAAAGUGGCUCUGCGGGGAUUGACGAGCUUUUACCGAGAACAGAGCUUGAGUGUCAAUAUCGCUGAACUUUCGUUCGUGAAUAAUAAAGGAAGAGGUGAAUAAUAAAACGUCUCAUUCGAAGAGAGACCGCAAGGAUUAAAAGCAUUCGCCGGUAGUUGUUGCAUAUUGCUCAACGUGGAGACCGAGAAAUGAACCUUUUCACCGCAAGUGCAAUAUCGCAGAUAAUAAUUGUUUUUAACGCGAGUGAAAGUGUGGUUAUGAAUUACUGUCUUUGGACGAUAAACACCACGUCCGAUUAUGCAGUUAAAGAAAGCAAUGCUUAAGAUAUUUGAUCAAUGUGGAUAAAUAAACGAGAGAGGUGGCGAUGUUUGUUUCGCGAGAGAAAAAUAUAACGAGUACGGGUCAAGAUUGGUGGCGAAAAACACGAAACUCUGUUGCACCGACAGCUCGUCAAGGGUCGAAAGGUUGUUCCGUAUUCGGUACAAAGAAGUACAAAGUGAACAGUGAAGUGAAGUGGGGUGAAGCAAGUAAGUGCAGGUGAUUCGUGAUGGGUAUGGGGCAAACCCUGAACAUGUGUAGAGACGUCAACGCCUGUUUCGAGCAAAAGAGCCUGCAUCUGCGGAGCAUAGAGGAGCCCAGGAUGACGGCGGAAACUGCGGCCCCCUGCGUUCAGGGGGUCAACGCCAUGGGUUCUGCCUCCCAGCAGGGCCAAGACGGUGGUGGACACAUGAAGUUUUACUACACGAACGUAUCCUCGGCACCUGCGAUAUACGAUCCGGAAUACGCCCGGAUGGAAGCUUGGCUCGACGAGCAUCCGGACUUUGUCACCGACUACUUUGUCAGGAAGGUGACUCGUCAGACGGUGGAUUUGUGGCUGCUCUCGCACGCGACACCAACCUCGGCUACGGGGAGCUGCAUGGAGUUGUCAAGCCCGACGCACGCGGCCCCGUCUUCCUCGAGUCGCGGAAGUGGUUCCGGAGCGACGACACCCGUCAGAAAGAUAUCGGCCCACGAGUUCGAGAGAGGCGGCCUUUUGAAGCCGAUCGUUAACACCAUCGACGGGACGCCGACCUUUUUGAGCGUCUCCGGAGAACCGGGACAGCCGGGAAACCAGCAGGUCGGAGCCGGGACGCCGGGACGACCUCAACGUCGCUCGAGGCACGAGCUGCGACACCUCGACGAAAAGGAUCUCAUAUUUGAACUGGUAAAGGAUAUCUGCAACGAGCUGGACGUGAGAUCGUUGUGUCACAAAAUUCUCCAGAACGUGAGCACACUGCUGCACGCGGACAGAGGAUCGCUAUUUCUAGUCCAGGGUGAAAGGGGCGGCGGUUGUACGCCCCACAAUAACCGGAACCGUGAUCACGGUCAAGGGAGGAAUCAAUCAUACUCGAGGAGUCGAUGUCUCGUCUCGAAGCUCUUCGACGUGUGUUCGAGGUCCACCCUCCUUGAGAUGGAGAAGAAAGACGAGAUUAGAAUACCCUGGGGUACGGGGAUCGUCGGUUACGUCGCCGAGAGCGGGGAACCCGUCAAUAUUCCUGACGCGUACAAGGACGCCAGGUUCAACCGGGAGAUAGAUGCGUUGACGGGGUACAGGACGAGAGCUCUGCUCUGCAUGCCCAUCAAGGACUGCAGCGGAGACGUGGUCGGAGUCGCCCAAGUGAUCAACAAACUCGGGGGCGAGGGUCAAUUCACAACGCAAGACGAGAAGGUGUUCGCCGGAUAUCUCCAGUUCUGUGGUAUCGGUCUUAGGAACGCACAGCUCUACGAGAAGAGUCAGUUGGAGGUGAAAAGGAAUCAGGUUCUUCUCGAUUUGGCGCGGAUGAUAUUCGAGGAACAGAGCACCAUCGAGCACAUGGUCUUUAGGAUUCUGACCCACACCCAGUCCCUCAUACAGUGUCAACGAGUCCAGGUACUUUUGGUCCACAAGGCGUCGAAGAUCAGCUUCUCCCGCGUCUUUGACUUCGAGGCGAAUGACCUCGCCGGAGAGGAUUCGGAUUCCCGCACUAGCCCCUUUGAAAGCAGAUUUCCUAUCAACGUCGGUAUUACCGGUUACGUAGCGACGACCGGAGAGACGGUGAACAUCCCCAACGCCUACGAGGACGUCAGGUUCGACCCGUCGGUUGACGACGGCACAGGGUUCCGCCACCGUGGAAUUCUUUGUAUGCCAAUCAAGAACUCGUCGGGGCAGAUAAUAGGCGUUAUUCAACUGAUAAACAAGUUCGACGACCUCGCGUUUACUAAAAAUGACGAGAACUUCGUCGAGGCGUUUGCCAUUUUCUGUGGUAUGGGUAUCCACAACACUCACAUGUAUGAAAAGGCUGUAAUAGCGAUGGCGAAGCAGAGCGUCACCCUUGAGGUUUUGAGUUAUCACGCUUCAGCGUCUCUAGAAGACGCGUUAAGACUGAGGCAGGAAUUGCGGGUUCCUUCUUCGGCGCAUUUCCAGCUCCACGAUUUUAAGUUCGACGACAUUCAUAUGCAGGACGACGAGACGCUCGCUGCCUGUCUUCGCAUGUUCCUAGAUCUCGACUUUGUCGAACGAUUUCACAUAGAUUACGAAGUUCUUUGCCGAUGGUUACUCAGUGUCAAGAAGAAUUACAGGAACGUCACGUAUCAUAACUGGCGACACGCUUUCAACGUGUCACAGAUGAUGUUUGCCAUCCUGACGGCCACUCAAUGGUGGAAAAUCUUCGGAGAAAUCGAAUGCCUCGCAUUAAUAAUUGCCUGCUUGUGUCACGAUCUUGAUCACCGGGGCACCAACAACUCGUUUCAAAUCAAAGCGUCUUCGCCGUUGGCACGGCUUUAUUCCACGUCUACGAUGGAACACCAUCACUUCGACCAGUGCUUGAUGAUUCUUAGCAGCCACGGUAAUCAGAUCCUAGCGAACGUCUCUCCGGACGAAUAUUCCCGAAUAGUCAAGGUCCUGGAGGAGGCCAUCCUGUCGACCGAUUUGGCCGUCUAUUUUCGCAAGAGAGGAGCGUUCCUCAGUUUAGCCCAGGGUGGGUCGUACAAUUGGGCGCUUGGUGAACACCGUGAACUGUUACGUGGUAUGUUGAUGACUGUCUGCGACUUGGCAGCAAUCACAAAACCCUGGGAGGUAGAAAAACGCGUCGCCGAACUCGUGAGCACUGAGUUCUUCCAACAGGGUGACAUCGAGAGACAAACACUGAACAUUACUCCUAUUGAUAUUAUGAACAGAGAAAAAGAGGACCAACUACCGAUGAUGCAAGUCGACUUUAUCGAUUCAAUUUGCCUUCCCAUAUAUGAGGCAUUCGCGCUGCUAUCGGACAAGCUAGAGCCAUUGAGCGAAGGAGUUCGAAGUAACAAACAGCAUUGGAUUGAGAUUGCAAAUUCGCAAAGCGAGAGCAUGAAUCAUCGUACGAAUCACGAUAGGUCCUUGGUUGAAUCACCCUCGGAAAAUUCGGACAUCGAUAAUACUGAAGACACUAACGAGGGUCACAGUAUCGAGCAGUAGAUUAUGCAUAACGUCGGAACGAUUAUGCCUCCUCAAUUUGACCUUCGAUACCGUCCUCGCGAUCCCUACUCGGCCAGCACUUGAACAGGAUUAAAUUCAUGAGCUCUUUUCACGGUCGUGUCAGGGGAUUGAGGGUGAACCGCGUUUCAAACCUGGCAAAUAUGUAAACAGCAAUUCGAACUCACGUUGGGCUCUUUGUCAAAAGAGCUGACGCGAUAUUUGACUGAGUCUUCGGUUUAAUUCAACGAUUCGAGUCAGUCGGAAAGUUUUACCUAUACAAAGUCCAAGUGUCAGGCAUUUGCUUCGGUUAUAUUCGACGUGUUUCGACACAACCGCAUUGGUGAUCUCGUACAGCGAGUUUAUUGGGACCAUAUAAUAGCAUCGAAUUGCCGUUUAGUUUAUGUGCAAUGUAAGUGCAACUAUACGGACACGGGGUGAAUUCCGAAUGGCUUGAUACUUUGAUUUUAUAGAUUUGCGUGUGGCUCGAAACUCUUUUCAAGCUACCGCCGUCACCGGUCGAAGCGAAUCCUGAUACUGACUGAUACAAAGACUUAAUUCUCGGUUCGUUCGCUCGGCGACAGAGCGAUAGUAUUGAAAAACGGCUAUGAUGCGCUAGGCACGACUUAAGCAUAUCUUAAGUUUUUAAGUGUAAAUACCUAGAUCGAUGAAUGGUUCAGUUUUCCUCCUCGAACAUGAGCAACGACUAAGUGUGAAUCGUCAAAUCGUGAUUUUAACCAAAUUUUAAACGAAUAAACAAUUAAAUGAAAUAAUAACCUAAUUAAGAAUUUAAAAAAAAAAUAUAAUCGUCAUUUAAAAGGCUGUCAGGCGGGUGAGAACACGUUUUGAAAUAUUUGCUCUCUGUCACGGUGCUCUGUAUACUAUAUGUCAAGGACAUCAGCGCACCAAUUAUUUAUUUAACUUUAAAAAUAAUAUUAUUACGAUGUAGGGUGUAAUGUAAGGAACGCUGCCAACGGUUGAUUGCAAUCCUAUGUAUUUAAACCGAAGAAAAACAGCAUUCGAAAAAUGAGAGAAUAAGUAAGAAAAAAAAAGAUGAAGAAAUGAAUUCGCAAAAUAGCAUGAAUAGAACACCAAAGAAAAGCGAAUUGAAAAAUCAAGAACAAUUUAAUGAACAGUAAAUAUCUAAUGACGUACUGCUUUGCGUCUGUAAUAAUAAACUGUUUAAAUUCAUGCAAAAUAUUUUAGCGAAAUACCUAAAUUUCUGAUUUAUAUUAUAUAUGAACGAGCAUGUGGAUGCUACUUUUGUACCUGAUUGUAUUUUAUACAGCCAUGCGGCGAACCGUUGGAGCGUUAAUAAUAGUAAGUAGUUUGAUGAAAAUUGCAGAAAAGUUUUAUAUAUACGUAUACAUAUGCUAGGUACUAGAUAAAUAAAUACACAAUUAUACGUAUACACCUAUACGUAGGCAUACUGCGUGCGCAAAGGUAUUUCUUUUUAAUUAGCAUUAACCAAUAUUAUCAAUUACUCCAUAAAACCAGGAUAAGUAAAAGACGAAAGGAAAGAAAAAAUAAUAAUAAUAGUGAAAAAAAUAUUCAACCAAAGUGUAUAUUUAUAUCGAAAAAAUCGAAAAGGUGCGGUCUUCUCGUUCAUCAUGUCUAUGUCUUAAUUAAAACAAUUGUGUACUGAGUGAAUAAAGAACUAGAAAUAUUUGUGCAUGGUGGACGCGCGCACAAAAACAUAAAUGUUAUGCACACCUCAGGCGCAACACGAUACCGAUACCGAAACGAUUACCUUUUGAGAAUUACCUGUACGUGUACAUAUAAUAAUAUAAACAUUUUCAACCGUCAGUCUAACGUGUAGCGAAGACCCGCUCGAAAUUGAGGAUACCGACAUAUUUCGUCGCUGAGAGCGAUAAUCAGUUUGAGAAAAGCUUUGGUAACUUGAGUUUGCGAGAGUGUUUUCUCUAUAGACGUACGGUGCGUGUUUGUUACUUA